UUUCCAUCGGGAUACCUAAGUUGUUUUGACAUUGUUUACAAUCUCUGAUGUUUCAGAGACAUAUGAGUGAUGGGAAAAGGUGGGCAGCUGGACAGGAAAGUUUGGGAAACGGGGAAGGAUUCAGGAUGAAGAGUUAGAAAAGUGAUGGCUACUGUGUGGACCAGGGUGGAGAUUUGGAUCACUUUUAGGAAGGGAAGGCAGAGUAUCGUGGCAAUGCUGUUGGUAGGUCGGAGGGUCUUGGUAAAGUGUGCUUCAGAGUGGUAUUGUUCAGCACCUGGUUGGGUUUCCUGGGCAUUGCCAACACAGGUGGUGAAGGAGAAAGAAUGAUGUGGCAGAUACAUGGGCAAACCUUCCAUGGAAUGAUGGGACAAGAGAUGGCUAGGACACCUAGGAGUAUUUUUUUUUCAGUAGUCUCCAUGCCCAGUGUAGAGUCUAACAUGCGGCUUGAACUCUUGACCCUGAUCAAGACCUGAGCUGAGAGCAGGAGUCAGACCCUUAACCCAUGGAGGCACAGAGGCUCCCCCUGUCCGGGAGCAUUUGAGAGUCUGGAGAUGCCCUUUAUUCAGUGGUGUAGGGCUUCAACAGAACUUUGGUGUGAGUUUGUGUGGUGUUUGUAGUGUUUCAAAGUUUUGCUGCUGGAAAAGGUCUGGGGCAAAUGUGGUCAUUUGUGAUUCACUAUGCUGGGCAAGGAGACCAUUAGGGUUGAUGUAUUUACAAAGGUUCAGUGGAAAGUGGAGUAUUCUGAUUGUUGAGGGACAGCGUGGGCAGCAGAGAAGUAGAACAGGGUCCAUGAGUGUCCUAAGGUGACAUGUGGUUGUGAGUGUCUGUUACUGAAGGGAGGGUUACAGGCAGCUGAGGCGGGCUUCUCAGCAGCAUUUGAGGCUUUCCCUCAUUUGGGAUCCAUGGGAGUACUGGGUGGGACUGGAACCUGUUUGAGUUUGUCAAACAUCCUUUGGAUGUCACGUGACAAGUACGAGUGUGAGUCAAGGGAGGAUCCUUUGUUGUGGGGCAGGAAGGUGUGGGAGUUCAUCUGUGGGGUCUGAAGACGUGAGAGUGGUAGAGUCUACAGAAUCCUGUACACGUGGAGGGGAAGUGUGAGCUAAGGGCCUUAGCGCCCUGGUACUGAAGACUUCCUGGGAAGCAGGGCCUAUAAUUGGCUUUUUUUUUUUUUUUAAGAUUUUAUUUAUUUAUUUGACAGAGAGAGAGGGAAUAUAAGCAGGGGGAGUGGGAGAAACAGGCUUCCUGCCGAGCAGGGAACCCGAUGCGGGGCUCGAUCCCAGGACCCUGGGAUCAUGACCUGAGCUGAAGGCAGACACUUAAUGACUGAGUCACCCAGGCGCCUCUGUAAUUGGCUGUCUUGAGGGCACGAUCUGGGAGACUCCAUGGAAAUAUCGUGGCAGAGGGAUGGGACCUUGCAGGCCAGACCCAGAGCUUAGAGUGCAUCCAUGUGUCCCCCUGCCUGUUACUGCUGAGGACUGAACACAGUGAUUGAUGGGAAGGGUGGUGUGACCUUUGAGGACAUUGCCGUGUACUUCUCCUGGAAGGAGUGGAAGCUUCUUGAUGAGGCUCAGAGACGGCUGUACCACCAUGUGAUGCUGGAGAACUUUACACUUAUAUCCUCACUGGGUUGCUGCUGUGGAGCAGAGGAUGAGGCACCCUUUGCCCAGAGCACUUCUGUAGGCGUGUCACAGACCAGGACGCCCAAGGCAGCUCAGUCUUCCCGGAAGACCCACCCCUGUGAGAUGUGUGGUCCAGUCUUGAGAGACAUUUUCCACUUGGCUGCGCACCAGGGAAAAGAAAACAGCCAGAAACUGUUGAGGUGUGGGGCCUGUGGGAAACGAUUUUAUUUCAUUACUAACUUCAGAAAACAUGAGACACAGCACAUGGGAGAGAAACCCUUCAGAAGCCGUGUGGACAGGGCCUCUGUUGUGAAGAGCUGGGGAUUCCAUGGUUCAGGAAAGCCCCUUACCUGUGGAGAAGUUCAGAAGGACUUCCUGUCUGGCUCGGGGCAUCUGCAGCAAGAGGCCACUGAUACUGGGGAGAAGCCACACACGAUCACCCAGCUCAGGGCAACUUUACAAAGCAGAAAAAGUCAUGACACUUGGGGAGAAUGCAAGAACACCUUUGGUCCCAAACACACACAUACUCAGGACCAGGGUGUCCACCUUGGAAGACAGUCCUUUGUGUGCAGUGAAUGUGGGAAAACAUUCAGGUACAAAUCCUUAUUUGCCAUACACCAGAGAUACCAUACUGGAGAGGGAUAUCAUGAGUUUGGUAAAUGGCAAACACCAAUCCUGAAUGAACAUGGAAAGACUCACAGUGCAUCCAGGCAGUACAUGUGCAGCAAAUGUGGGAAAUCCUUAGGCCACAAAUCUGUCCUCAUUCAUCCCCAGAAAUGGCACAGUGGAGUGAAGAGUUAUGUUUGCAGUGGAUGUGCAAAAUCUAUUAGCUGUAGCUCAGUGUUGAUUACUCAUAGGAUGCAACCUGGUGAAAGGUUUUAUAAAUGUCGUGGCUGCACAAAAUCUUUUCCCUCUAUGUCUGCCCUCUGUUAUCAUCAGAGAUCUCACACAGAGGAAAGACCUUAUGAGUGCAGUGAUUGUGGGAAAUGUUUUACCAGUAGUUCUGUCCUCCAUUAUCACCAGAGAGUUCACAGUGGAGAAAGGCCUUAUGAGUGCAGUAAAUGUGGCAAGUCCUUUCCCCGAAGAAAUAGCCUCAAUGUUCACAUAAAGGUUCACUCAGGUGAAAGGCCUUAUAAAUGUAAUGCAUGUGGGAAAUCUUUAAAGUAUAAGUCAGCAUUCAUUAAACACCAGAGAGUUCACACAGGAGAAAGGCCUUAUGAGUGCAGCGAAUGUGGCAAGUCCUUUCUCCGAAGAAAUACUCUGAAUGUACACAUAAAGGUUCACUCAGGUGAAAGACCUUAUAAAUGUAACGAAUGUGGCAAAUCAUUUAAGUUUAAGUCAACAUUCCUUAAACACCAGAGAAUUCACACAGGAGAGAGGCCUUAUGAGUGCAGUGAAUGUGGGAAAUCUUUUAUCUCUAGGACUGACCUACGGUAUCAUCAGAGAAUUCACACAGGAGAGAGACCUUAUCAGUGCAGCGAAUGUGGCAAGUCCUUUGUCCGAAGAAAUAUCCUCAAGGUACAUAGAAAAGUUCACUCAGGUGAAAGGCCUUAUAAAUGUAAUGAAUGUGGGAAAUCUUUGAAGUGUAAGUCGUCGUUGAUUAAACACCAUAGAAUUCACACUGGAGAAAGGCCUUAUGAGUGCAGUGAAUGUGGGAAGUCUUUUAUCACUAGUUCCGUGCUUCAUUCUCACCAGAGAGUUCACACUGGAGAAAGACCUUACGAAUGCAGUGAAUGUGGGAAAACUUUUACCACUAGUUCUGUCCUCCGCGAUCACCAGAGACUUCACACUGGAGAAAGGCCUUACGAAUGCAGUGAAUGUGACAAAACUUUUACUACAAGUUCUGCCCUCCAUUAUCACCACAGAGUUCACACUGGAGAGAGACCUUAUGCGUGCAGUGAAUGUGGCAAGUCCUUUGUCCGAAGAAACAGCCUGAGUGUGCACCUGAAGGUUCACUCAGGUGAAAAGCCUUAUAAGUGUAAUGUAUGUGGGAAAUCAUUGAAGUGUAAGUCAACAUUCAUUCAACACCAGAGAAUUCACACAGGAGAAAGGCCUUAUGAGUGCCGUGAUUGUGGGAAAUCUUUUUCCGCUACCUCUGUCCUUCGUUCUCACCAGAGAGUACACACGGGAGAAAGACCUUAUGAGUGCAGUGAAUGUGGAAAAUCUUUUACCUCUAGUUCUGCCCUCCGUUCUCACCAAAGAGUGCACACUGGAGAAAGGCCUUAUGAGUGCAGUGACUGUGGCAAGUUCUUUCUCCACAGAAAUAGCCUCAAUGUACACGUCAAGGUUCACUCAGGUGAAAGACCCUAUAAAUGUAAUGAAUGUGGGAAAUCUUUGAACUAUAAGUCGACGUUCAUUCAACACCAGAGAAUUCACACAGGAGAAAAGCCUUACCUGUGCAGUGAAUGUGGCAAGUCUUUCAGUCAUAGCUGCGCCCUCCGGUACCAUCGUCAGAGUCACCUUGGAAUAAGUCCUUAUGAUUGUAGUGAAUGUGGGAAAUCUUUCACCACUAGUUCUGUCCUCCGUGAUCACCAGAGACUUCACACAGGAGAAAGGCCCUAUGAGUGCAGUCAGUGUGGGAAGUCUUUCACCACUCGUUCUGUCCUCCGUUCUCACCAGAGAGUUCACUCUCGGGAAAGGCCUUAUGAGUGCAGUGAGUGUGGCAAGUCCUUUGUCAGAAGAAAUAGCCUCAAUGUACAUGUAAAGGUUCAUUCAGGUGAAAAGCCUUACAAGUGCAAUGAAUGUGGGAAAUCUUGGAAGUGUAAGUCGACGUUCAUAAAACACCAGAGAAUUCAUACAGGAGAAAGGUCUUUUGCUUGCAGUGAAUGCGGGAAAUCUUUUCUCAGUCAUGAUGCUCUUAGUUAUCAUCACAGAGUUCACAGCGGCAACAGGACUUAGGGAUGCUGGUGUUGUAGGGAACCUUUCAGCUAUCGCUUCAGUCUCCUUCAACCUGAGGAAAUACAGUUAAUAGAGUCCUUAUGGGCAGUAUUACGAACUGAAUGUUUAUGUUCACUAAAAUUGAUAUGUUCACUCCCUAUUCUCUAAUUCAGUAGGAUUAGCAUGUGAUGUCUUGGGAGAUAUUUCAAAGAUACAGUUUCAUAAAAAUCUGAAUUAAACCUGGAGUGAGGCCUCAUGAGUAUGUGAAUGACAUAAUUCCUUUAGCCCAUUAUCUGUCUUCAUUCCACACUUGAGAGUUCACACUGCAGAAAGAAUUAAAAUAUCAUUGAAGGUGAGGCUGCCAUCUUCCUGAAUGGAACUUUGUUCACCUGAAUGUCUACAGUUUAGUGACUUCCCAUAAGUUCCAGCCUUUUGGGAAAUACUCAGAAGUUGCAUAUUGCGUUCUGAUGUGUCUGAAGUUAUUGCUAGAAAUCACUGCCAGAUUCCAUGGCAGAAGUCAUCUCUGCCACCUGGAUGGUCCCAGUAAUGUGUGUCAGUCACCUCCCAAUAUGCUCAAGAAUGCUGACCUCUCCUUUGUCAUUUGCUGAUAGAAAUUAUGGGUAAUUGAACCUCUCCAUUUCCUUCUAAUUUUGGUCGUGCAUGUGACCCAGUGUUGACCAUCAGUACCUGAUCUGUGUUCUGGGUGGUUACUUGCACAGGAAGACUAAAUCUCUUAGGGAGUUGUUGGUCUUACAAUUCUUCUGAUAAAUCUUUGCAGCUUCUAAGUCAGUAACAGGAAUUGGAUGCCAUUGUUGCUCUGGUUUAUGAAUGAAUAGAUGUCUUUUUUAUUUAAUUAUCUGUUAUUUUAGGUGUUGUGUUCACUCUAAGGAGUGGUUUGAAAGCAGAAUUGGGCUCUGCCCGCAUGUAGGAGUGAACACAUUUCCUUGUAUUCCAAAUUCAUUGUGUCCCAGAGAAGAUAAUACCUACAUACAUACAGCAUUAGUAUUCUCCAGCCUGGGCCUUAAUUUGCAUUAACUCUAAAACCUAUCUGAUGGGCUGAAUGUGCACCCACAAUUCAUAUUUUGAAGUUGUAACCCCCACAACCUCACAGUGUGACUAUAGUUAGACAUAGCAUCUUCAAAGAGAUCGUGAAGUUGAAAAUGAGUUCUUAGGAUGGACUCUUAUGCAGUGUGCUGGCUUCGUGAUAAGACAUGUGGAUAUAGGCACACAUGGUUGACUGUGAAGAUAGGGAGUCCUCAUCUACAAGCCAAGGAGAGAGACCUGGAAAGAAACUAACCCUGCUGACACCUUAUGUCUAAUUUCUAGACUCCAGAUCUGUGGGAAAAUAAAUUUCUCUUGUCUCAUCACCCUGUGUGCUUCUGUGUAAUAUCAGUUCUAGCUAAUACAGCCUCCCAGGAUCCACAUCUGGGUUUUGUGGUCUGGGUGCUAGUAAGUUUUGUGUGCUCAGAGGUCACCGUGAAGAGGGAGCAGUUGAGACCAUCUCCAGGACUUGUGGAAACAGGAAUAUUUUGCUUGUCCACAGCUGAUAGCACAGAAUGUCAGGCACUUUUGAGUAGAGUCUCUACCCCAGAUCCUUCAAAGUAGUCAUGUGACCUGGUGUACAGUAGUCACUUGUAACACCACAGGGGCAGGGGAAUUCUAAUUGGUAAUUUAGGAGAUUGGGUAGUUAGGGAGUAGAGGAGACAUCAGCCACCUAAGUGUUGUGUAUCUCUUAAGAAAGUGUAUCCACAGAUGUAGUGACUGGCUGGGAAGGAUAAAUGUGCACGGAAAUUCACUUUCAGACACACAUCAAAAUAAUCCAAAAGAGUCUGAAUUCUGUCCUCUAUGGUGCUUACAUGUCAAGGCCAUUGUGGUGCAGGCUGGAAAAGGACAAAAAUGGGAGAUUACAUGGUCCAGGGAUGUAACUUUGUGACCCCGCUUAGCCAGCAUUCUUCUUAGUACCAUACACAGCUAUGGCAGACACCUGUUCUGAACCAUCUGACUCCCAGGUUGUCCCACAGGUACACCUCAGCCUCUAGGGCUAUAAAAGCAGGUCUUACUGGUGGUAGUGGUUUGGAGUCCUACUUCUGUUAAGGUUGCCCAAGUCUUGCUUCUUUCCCGAAGUCCUUAGAUAAACCAUUCCUCGGGAUGCCUGGGUGGCUCAGUGGGUUAAGCGUCGGCCCUUGGCUCGGGUCACGAUCCCAGGGUCCUGGGAUCAAGUUCUGCAUUGGGCUCCUUGCUCAGCAGGGAGCCUGCUUCUCCCUCUGCCUGCAGCUCCCCCUGCUUUGCUCUCUCUGUUUCUCUGACAAAUGGAUAAAUAAAAUCUUUAAAAAUAAUAAAGCAUUCCUCCACAAGCUGGACUUCUCACCCUUUUUCUUUUUCUUUUUUUUUCAGAUUUUAAUUAUUUAGAGCAUGAGCUGGGGGAGGGGCAAAGAGAGAAGCAGACUCCCUGCUAAGCAGGGAGCCUGAUGGGGCCGCCAUCCCAGAACCCUGAGUUCAUAACCUGAGCUGAAAGUAGAUGCUUAACUGACUGAGCCACCCAGACGCCCCUCUUAGCUUUUACUUCGGUCAUUAGCCCCUGACGUCGUUUUGCAAGUAUGUCCCUUUCAGUCUACAUUACUGUUUUCUUCUCUGGAUGUGCACCACUAUUGAUCUCUGCAUCUGGUUGGAGCAUGUGGAUUAUUGCCAGUGUUUCCCUUUCAAAAACGAAUCCCCCUAUAUAUUUUCAUUAUAAUUCCUUAUGCGGAUAGAGGUUUCAUUUCUCUUGUGUUAAAACUCAAAGCACAAUGACUAGGCACAGGCAGGUGAGUGUUAACAUUCUCAUGAAAGGGCCAAAAUGGGGUCUAAACUGUUCACCACUGCAUUCCCACCGGGCAUACGUGAGAGUUGCAGUAUCUUCAGUCCCUGACAGUACUUGAUAGGGCCAGUCUUUAUUUUUUCUUUUUAAUAUUUUAUUUAUUUAUUUAUUUGAGAGAGAGAAUGAGAUAGAGAUCAUGAGAGGGGGGAGGGUCAGAGGAGAAGCAGGCUCCCCGCUGAGCUGGGAGCCCAAUGCGGGACUCGAUCCCGGGACUCCAGGAUCAUGACCUCAGCCACCCAGGCACCCAGGGCCAGUCUUUAAUGUCAGCCCUUUUAAUGCAUGUGUAGUGCUAUGUUGUAAUUGCAUUUCCUAGGCAUUUCUGACUUUCAUCAUUUUUUCAUGUGUUUGUUUACCAUGUGUGUAUUUUUUGUGGUACAAUUUCUGUUCAUAUCAUUUGCCUAUUUUCUUUGAUGUGAGUUAUGUGAGUUUCUUUGUAGUUCCCUUUUUAAUUUCAAAUAAGAUAUGCAUACAACAAAGAUAUGUGUUGGAAUUUUCCUCAUUCACACAUGGUGUGACAUUUUUCUCAAUGGAGUCAUAGUAAUACUGGAAGGCUAUUUCUUCAUUAUUUUUCCUGAGAUUUUUUGUGUCCUGCACGAUGUCAUAGCCCAAAAUACUUUACACAUUUAAGUCUAGGGUGCAUUCUUACCAUUAUGUCAUCAUUUUCUUCUUAAAUCCAGCCAUUCAGAAAAACAAAACUCCAUCUCUGUUUUGUAGUGUUUGCCAAUUUACACAGUGUAAAUUCUUCCACUAUGAGAGCAAGAUAUGCUCAGAAAAAGGUGCUGAGUAACUGUAUGUGGGUGUUUGGUGGAGAACCACUCACUUGGGGGGCUGUGAGCUGGCUGGAGGUGUGCAGGAGCCUCUCAGGCAGGAGACUUUAAUCCUGACAGGCCGCAGGGGAGGGACGUCCCUGAACACCCGGAUGGGUGACUGGAACUCUGCUGGUCUCAACCUAGUAGUGGCAGUUUUGUCAGGCACACCCACCAGGUUACGAGUUGUUUUCUCCCAUCCCACCCAGGACACUGAAAGAACUCACCCUGGAGCACCAUCCUCCAAGUGAUUUAUUUCCUUCUCUUUCCUCCUGCUCCUGCUCCUCCACUUUAUUUAU